GGAGUUUUAGUUUUCUGGGCAUCUGGAUAUCUGUCUGCAGAGAGAAGAAGGAGAAUAAAGGAGGAUUUGGUUGUAUGGAAAAUUACCUGAUACCACCAAAGAAAGAGCGAGAAAACAGAGAGGAAGGAGGAGAAGAAGAGGAGAGGAGGACUGGAGAGGGAAACAAAGUAACUUCUCCUAACGGGACAGGAAGAGUGAUCAGCAGGAAUGUUGCCGGUGAUCCUGACCGUUUACCUCAAUGACACCCAGCAGAUGCUAACUGAGGUCCCGGUUACUCCGGCAACCAGAGUGAUUGACGUGGUCGAAUACUGCAAAGAAGCCGGGGAGGGAGAGUGUCACCUAGCCGAAGUAUGGAAUGGGCAUGAGCGAGUUCUCCCUCAUGAGGUGUUGCUGUUGGAUCUUCUCCAGCAGUGGGGAGCCAGGAGGCCGGAGGUCAGCUUCUACCUCCGACACUGCCCCUCCUGGACACAAGGAAGUCCGCAGCCUUUGGAGCAGAGCUGGACCACAGAAGCAACAGAGAGUGCUAAUGACGAGGUUCCUCGUGUGGAGCUGACCCUCUCUGAGCUCCAGGAAAUGGCCACAAGACAACAGCAACAAAUAGAGGCUCAGCAACAGAUGUUGGUCGCCAAGGAGCAUAGACUGAGGUAUCUUCACCAGGGAGGCAGAUCUAACCAGGGACAGACGCAGUCUGAAGCUGAGAAGCUGCAGCGGCUGAAGGAGCGGGUGGAUACUCAGGAAGCCAAGCUGAAGAAGAUCCGAGCAAUGAGAGGACAAGUCGACUACAGCAAACUGAUCAACGGAAACCUCUCUGCAGAGAUCAACCAUGUUAGCAGCCUGUUUCAGGAGAAGCAGGCAGAGCUGCAGUCUGCUGUGGUCAGAGUGGACCAGUUGACCCAGCAGCUGGAUGAUUUGAGGAGAGGACGCCUUCAGCUGCACUCUGUCUCACCAGCUCAGGGGCCACACGCCGGGUCCCAGGGGGCCCCCACUGGCCAGAAAGGAUCACCCCUGUCUGGUCCCGCAGCCCUGGAGCUGAGGAAACUCUACCAGGAGCUGCAGGCUCGUAACCGCCAUAACCUGGAGCAGAGCAGCAAGCUGGCCCAGAACAAGGAGCUGCUGAACAAGAGGAACGCCCAGGUGACGGUGAUGGAUCAACGCAUCGGCGACCUCAGAGAACGACUGCAUAAGAAGAGAGCAGAAUUGAGCCGUAUGAACGGAGGAGGCCCGUCCUCGCCUCAGACCUCUUCCCACCCGGGUGCUGGAGUUUCGGGGCGAGUGGCGGCUGUCUGCCCCUACAUCCAGGUCCCAGCGGAGGGGAGACAGGAGGCGAGGUACCCUCUGCCACCUGACCCACCGCCCAAACCCACGCCGCUCAGCCACAUCCGCUCCCUCUCAGCUAAUGAAGCGUCAUGGCCUAGCAUCAGCAAGAAUGUGUCGGAUUGGAGGACCAACAGUCCAGAACAGCUUCCCUCUGGUUAUGGUACCUACCCCAGUGCCACCCACCAGGCGGCAGGGCAUCACUGUGCCACCAGCUCCCUGCCCCGUUCUGCCCCUGGUACACUGGGCUGGCCCCGAUCCAAUGCUGCAAAUGCCACUUCAUCCUCAUCGUCUUCAGCUUUACAACAAAUACAGCAACGGAUCGCCGUCCCUCCAAGUUCAAUUCAAGGCUCCACCUCCCAGCCAUCACCCUUGUCCCCGCAAACAGAGCGAACAGAUCCCCCUCCAGCGGUGGCUGUACGUCCCUACGUCCCGGACCACCCCUCCAGACCCCAGUCCCCCAGGAAGGGCCCCGCCACUAUGAACAGCAGCUCCAUCUACAGCAUGUACCUCCAGCACCCUCAGGCCAAAAACUAUGGCUCUCUCAGCAACAGGACUACUGUCAAAGCAGUCUAUGGCAAACCUAUCCUCCCCACCUCCUCCACCUCUCCGUCACCUGUCCCUUUUCUCCAGGGGGGAGGAGGAGGAAAAGCAGGAGGUGACGAUGUUACGGAUAAAGAGGGAGGGAAAGGAGGAGGCGAGAGCAGCGAUGGGCAGAUCCUCCCACCGCCCACUGUGGACAACAUCCCUCGUCCCCUCAGUCCCACUAAACUCACCCCAGUUGCCCACUCCCAGCUACGUUACCAGAGUGAUGCUGACCUGGAGGUUCUCCGCCGUCGCCUCAGCAACGCUCCACGACCCCUGAAGAAACGGAGCUCAAUCACUGAGCCUGAGGGCCCACAGGGGCCAAACAUCCAAAAACUGCUGUACCAGAGGUUCAACACAUUGGCAGGAGGCAUGGAGGGAGGCUCAGGCAAUACUUUCUACCAGCCUGAAUGCCUUUUGGGUGAAAUGGACAACAUCCAUUCGGCAAAUGGAAAUGUAGAACCUGGUGACAAGCACGUCAGUAUGGGACCCGUGGAGGGCGAGGUUCAAAACCUGAACUCUGGCUCCCGCCGCCUGUCCCCUCCUUCCGUCGUGAUAGAAACACCCAAAGAGACGACGGCAAAAGCAGAUACUACCAUUAAUGUGUCUCCACCGGCCCAAACCGGGCCGACCCCUGCACCUGAGAGGCCAGAGGACCAGAACAAUAACAACAAGAGAGGAUCUAGUCCUGCACACAACUCUGUAGGCCACGCCUCCCCUCCAUCACCUCCUGCCCCCCCUUCACUGCCUAAGGUGAAGCGAACCAACCUGAAGAAGCCGUCAUCAGAGCGAACAGGCCACGGUCUGAGAGUGAAGUUUAACCCUCUGGCUCUGCUGCUGGACGCGUCGUUGGAGGGCGAGUUUGAUCUGGUGCAGAGGAUUAUAUAUGAGGUUGAAAAUCCCAGCAUGCCCAACGAUGAAGGCAUAACUCCUCUCCAUAAUGCCGUCUGCGCCGGCCAUCACCACAUUGUUAAGUUCCUGCUGGACUUUGGAGUCAAUGUAAAUGCAGCCGACAGCGACGGAUGGACUCCUCUGCACUGUGCAGCUUCAUGUAACAGCGUCCACCUCUGUAAGAUGCUGGUGGAGUCGGGGGCCGCCAUUUUCGCCACAACCAUAAGCGACGUUGAAACUGCGGCGGACAAAUGUGAAGAAAUGGAGGAGGGCUACACACAGUGUUCUCAGUUCCUCUAUGGUGUUCAAGAAAAGUUGGGUGUGAUGAACAAAGGCUUGGUCUACACUCUCUGGGACUACACGGCCCAGCAGGCUGAUGAGCUGUCCUUCAGCGAGGGCGACGCCCUCACCGUGCUGCGUCGGCGUGACGACACUGAGACGGAGUGGUGGUGGGCGCGGCUUAACGACCGCGAGGGAUACGUACCCAGAAACCUGCUGGGGCUGUAUCCAAGGAUCAAACCCAGACAACGCUCACUGGCAUAAAGCCCAGAUCAGGAGCCACGUGCACGCUCGCAGAGGGCGCAUGCACACAGAGCAGAAGAGGAACAGCAGCAUGUGGGCGUAAGAAUUAACCGAGAAAUGAAAGAACAGAGAACAGAGGAUGGAGGUAGUCGGGAGGCAGAGACAGAGGGAAACAAAGCCGGAGCUCACUGCUCUAACGGAGCAACGUUUUCCUGUUUGUUUGGAUGUGAUGCUGGAACCACAGAGCCACUUUAUGCUAGAAUCAUAAUAUAUUUUCACUGAGUUGCUGCAGUAAAAAACAAAUUGCCUGGGUUUUAUUUUUAGAAACAGUAGUUUGGCAACUUCACACGAGUUCAGCCGCAUGAGAGAAGCUGCAAAUGAAAAGACAAAAAAAAAAGAGAAAUAUCUAUCGUUUGGAAGCAGCUUUGAGCUCAGAACAUGAAAACACGAGCUUGGAUUCUAAAAGGCUCUAUCUGACAUUCAUCACAAUAAUGCCACUUUAUUUUUGUAUGGUGUUAAUUCAAAACACCCAGAUGGAUCUUCAUGAAGCCGAGCUGAUCGGUUGCAUAGCAAUGAACAAAUGAGUAUGUUGUCGGUAAACACUUUCACACUGUGUGGUGAGAGGAUUUAAAUGCAGUACAGUUACAGGCUGGAUGAGGUGAAAGUAUGUGUGAGAUGUGAAGUUGGAGAAAGGAAAGUGAGAGGAGAGGAACAGAUAGAGUGACUCUGGAUGUGUGUUGAAGGAAGUCUGUUUUUUUUCAGGUUGUAAAUGGAGCAGCUAUUAGCAGUGUUGGUCAGGAAUAAUGAUGGAAGUGCAACCCCAAAGACUAAAAAAACAGAACCCAGCAAGCUUUUGGUGCAUGGUGGCUCAGAUCCACAUCAACCCACACGAGCACGAACAGAUGUUGACGAUAUAAUAUCAUGGCAUGGUAUAUGAAAAAAGAAUAUUUCAAUUCAGAUUUCACAACAUGAUAAAAGAAGCAUCUGUGAAUAGUUAAGGAUGUCUCAACCGUUUACUACUAGUCUGUAUUUAUGUUGACUCAGCACUGGUGCAUGCUGUCAUAGCAACAUCUGUUCAACUGCAACAUGGUUGCUGCUGGUACGAGAGGAGGAAAAGAGGAGGAAAGAAGGAAAACAAGAAAGUGAGAAGUGUGUAUUUGAAAUGAUUUUGUGAAACCAAAGCAGCUACGACAUGGAAAGCAGGAGGAGGAGGAAUUAAAGAGACAAUAUUUUCCUCAUUUUUUAUAAAACUUCUGCCAGUUUUACCCAUUAACACACAACGCUUCCAGUCCAGACUAAGGCCUGGCACAUAUUGGUUCCCAUGCUGGGGCAGUGCUGAUACCAGGCUCUAACACUAACAAUAUUAUAAAACAGCACAGCACAUUUUAAACAAAAAACUGAGUUAAAAAGGUUGAAAAUGUAAUGUAUACGUUAUCCCUGGGCGAACCGCUUUAGUGUUAAAAUGGGGCUGAAUUACCCGAGCGUGAAUGAACCUAAAGGGUGAAAACAACUAGACUUUUCUCAGUUUUUUUUCUUCAUAUUUCAGUAGUUGUUAAAAUGUAUUAUUCCCCUGAUUUAUUGUUUUAUUUAAACUGUUGUUUUUUUCUUUUUCUAUUGUACACAUUGCUCUUGUUUCUGUAUCUUUCGGUGCUGAUUCCACUCACUGCUGCCACCAAGUGUACAGAAAAGGUUCUGACACAGAGCGUCACUUCCUUUUACAUGCUGUGUAAAAUAUGAGGCAGUAAGAUGAGUAAUGUUUGAAGUGUGAAUGGCUUAUCGGUGUGAGGAGUGCGAACCAUUCAUUUGUGUACAUGCAAACUGUAACUAUUCUGUUAAUGUAUAAUAUUAAUACUAACAAUAAUAAAGAAAUUAUAAUCCCU